CAAAUCACCCAUUGCAAGUCGGCAGUCGCGUACGAAUAGGUUUUACCAUGUGCAGUUUUGUUGUAAUCUAGGUUAGAGUACUCCCAACUUUCUCAAGUGCGCUCAAAACCUGAUAAAACACCGCCUUCCAGGGAAAAAAGGUGGGAGGAAAAAGUUUGGCGCGGAAGAUCUUUUGGGCAUCGCCUCGAUGUUAAUCUAACGGCCGCAGUUUUUACGUAAGGAUACCUAAUAUUGGCAAACGAGAAAAGAAGAGGUGCAGGGGAAGACGCGGAUAGAAGAAGGAUGGAUGAAAGAGGAGCGUUACGUGCCACUUUGGGCGCGGGAUGAGCUCACGCUCCCGCGCUCUCCUUAUCAUUGUAUAUAUAGAUGGUAGCGGGAAUGGCGACCGCUGCCGGGCUCGAGGUACGAGAAUCUGGACGUGCUCUAAGUUUCCACACAGAAACGCCCCAUUUGGUAUCCACCGGAAGUGGAAGGUUGUCAACUACCGUCACGCUUCACCCGUUGCCCGAAGGUCGGAUAAUAGUGGGCUCGAGCCCCAAGGCGGACAUCCAGCUCGACGGCAGUGGGGUCGAGUUCGUCCACUGCAUAAUCGAGAAUGCCAGCGGCUCGGUUACGCUUCACCCCCUCAGCGGGAACACGUGCGUCGACGGUGCGCAGAUCGCUGAGCCCGUACGACUCAGCCAAGGUUGCAUGCUGACGAUAGGCCGAUCGAACUAUCUGCGCUUCAACCAUCCAGCCGAGGCCAAGCACUUAAAGUCAGUCCUUCCGUCGAAUACUCGUCCCGCAAUCACACCCACAACCUUCACAAAUGGCUACCACGAGUCAACGCAACAACAGCAGCACUAUCACAACUACAACCAGUCGGAUCAUCGCAAGCCACCGGUGGUACCGCGCAAAUCGCCCCGCAACUCCAACUGCUCCGACGAGGAAGUCAAUUUCCUGGGCAAGCUCAACAAGUUCGAGAUGCUGUCCCGGCAGACGCGUACCAACUGCGUCUCGCCCAAGGUUUUCCCCCCGGGUAGUCUGACCACCAACGUGCCGGCUGAUCAGAUUUUGGGGCACUCGAGGUCGUCCAGUCUCGCGUCCCUCGGGCGAAGCAGUACCUCCAGUCCCUUCCAGAAUCUCACGAAUUUCGACAGGUACCAGAAUAACGACGAGCCGAAAAUGUGCAGCUUACCAGUGACGAUAAACCGCAACCACUCGCCAAGCCAGAACUCCAUUUACGCGAACAUUGGCUCGCAGAGCACACGAAACUCGAACAAUGACAACGACAGCCAGUACUCGCGCAGCUGGCAGCAGCAGCUCUUGUCCAACCAGCACCACGACCAAGGACGAACAGACUCGCAGGAGCUGAUCCUCGACAACGAGAACCGCAACAACAACGUCCUGUCCAACGGCAACGGGUAUUCGUCGAGCGACCAUCAGCUGAUGUCGCAGAGCCUAAUCUGUGAGAGCAGCAGCGACUUUGACCACUUCAAUCGGGACUUUGACAUGAGCCAAAGUCUGAUCGUGAGGAAGAAGACGACCACGACCGAGUUCCUGCAGCUCGAGAAGUUUGGCUCGAACCCCAGCUUACCCUGCCAUCGCAGGACGAGCUCGUACGACUCGCGUAAUUCCCAGGACUUUUGCUCGCAGCCCAACAUCAGACGGAUACAGCCACCUUCGCCGGCCUACAACCGCGACCCAAAGUACACCGACUCCAAAUCGCUCUACGGCCGAAUCAAUCACCCCAUGGGUCAACAACAACAGCAGUAUCAAGCCAUGAGCAAUCACAACAGCAGUUCGUCAUCCUUGCAGGGCGAGCUGCACCAGCGACAGAUCCAGGACAGCCGGCAGCGCGACCGGGAGCUCGAGAAGGUGGGCCUCGAGGAGAUCUUAGCCAUGUGUGCCGAAUACGAGAGAAAGAGCAGCGGGACGGCCGACUACCAGCAGCAAAACCGAACAACACCUACAAUGAACGGCACACUCGCUCACCAGGAAAAACGACCGUACCACUCGAGUCCCAGAGCCAAAAGUCCGGAGGCACCGGCUGCUCACCACCACCAGCAGCAGCAGCAAUUCCACUACCAGCAAAUCGGCUCGAGUCAUCAAACGUUGCCGCCAACUUACGAGAACGUCACACCUUCAGCAGUGGACCAACAGCAGGUUGUCCCGCCCAACAACAAUCGGCCCGAUCAGAAUGGCUACUCAACGCCACCACCAUGCAACCAGCACCGGCAGCAGGACUCGCGGAAUUCCAGCUACGAAGAGAUCGAGAGCCUGGCAGAGGAAGAGCGGGCAGACCGCGAGAAGCCGAGGCUGGAGGAGACGGGCGUGGCUAAUGGCACCCACCCACACGACGAGACCACUGGGUCAAACUCGUCACCAACGAGCACGACGACGACGACGAGUCCACCUCUGCCCGAGAAAAACGUGAAACUCUCCGUGCACCACUACGAAAACUUUGUGCCGUUGAACGGCAACCUCCUCAGCGUUUACGAAAACGUCAACAACAACAACAACAACAACAACAAUAACAACAUCAUCAACAAUAACAACAACAAUAACAACAAUGGCAUAGGCAGUGAAGCGAGGACGAAGCGCAGCAAGCCAGCUCGGCGCCAGCAGGUGGUUGAGGAUAAGCUCGACGUAUCGAACGACGACCUGCUCGAGGCGAUAGAACAGCUGUCGAUGCUCUCGAAGCCGAGGCGCUCCUUUGGCACGGAGACGGAGGUAGCGGCAGUGGCACAGACGACGACGACGACGACGACGACUCCGCAGGUGAUGCCGAAAAAGGUCCAGGCCAGCGAGAAGAAGAGGGAGCUCGAGGACGAGGACCGGAGGAGGUACGUCGAGUUCCUGCAAAACGAGAAGCUGCACAUACUCAGCAACAUGGACAUCUACAAGAGGAGCGUCGCCGAAAUCGAGAACCAGGAGGAGGAGAUCAAUCGAGAGCUGGAGCUCGAAAAAGCGCUGCUGUCAGCCGAGCACGAGUCCGAGGGCCUAAAGCUCGAGCAGGACGAGCUCGAGCGGGCCCGGGUCGAGGGGGCCGUGGCCGAGCUGGACCGCGAGAUGUCGGUGAGCGGCGGGGCCCAGUCGAAGAUGCAGGCCGAGGCGAAGCAGCGGGUGCACGCGGCGCAGCAGGCCUGCGCCAGGCUUGAGGAGGAGCUCGCGGACGCCAAGGGGAGGGACGACGAGAGGGACAGCGAGCUGGCCGACAGGCUGGCCGCGCAGGCCGACACCCUCGAGACCGAGAAGAAGGCCUUCGAGGACCUGGAGUUUCACCACCUCGAGGAGGAGGCCAGCAGGCUGGCUUCUCGGGAGGAGUUGCAGAGAUAUCACGGGGAAUUGUUGACGAGGAUCGAAGGUAGGAAGAAGCAGCUCGAUCAGUUGCAAGCCCAACGAACCGACAUCAAAAAUUCAGUCACGAAGGAAGCCAAGAGCCUCGAAAGGCGGAAGCUGGCGUAUCUACGUAGAUUGGAGGAGGGUCGCAAUCGAUUGCGUGCCAUCGAGGACGAGCUCGAGAGCCUGGCUAAAAACACGCCGGCCGAUAAUCUCGAUGACAAACGCUCGCCCAGCCGGGAGGACUACGAUCGGAUAUCGAGGGUCACCAACGACUCGCCGAUCGUUAAUAAUCAGGGCAUCCUCGGCAGGAAGACCAUCGAGGAAAUCGAGCGGAAUCGCCAGCUGCAUUUGGCCAAACAGGGCAGAGAAGUAAUUCUAGAAGAGCGGCGCAGAGUCGAGGAGCUGAUGAGACGAGUCCAGGACGAAGUUCGCUCCCAGUGGGAGGAGAGAAAAAUGAACUGCGCGUCCUUCAACAGCGUGGAGUCGGGGGAGGAGUCGUCGAGUUACUCGACCGGACCGACGGAGAGUGGCAGCGGAAGCAGCGACGGCGCUGAUAAUGGCACAGGUGAAAAAUCACCGCCCGGCAAGCUCUGCCCGGAAUUCGCCUCGCCCAGCCCCGGGCCCUCGGGUGACUCUUACACGCUACUGCAGUCCGACAGCGAAAAUGGGUUUUGCCCGCAGACGAGGGACGAUAGGCCUACGUCCAUGGAGAACGGCAGUGGGAGCGGGAUCGCCGACGAGACCGAGAGCCGGCCCCUCUCGCAGACCUCGAGCGAGCUUGACUCCAUCAGUCCCCUCCCGGUCAAGCAUCGCAACGCUAAGCCUCGACUGCAGAGACCUCUGACGAGAUACUUGCCUAUAAGGUCGGAGUCCCUGAAUUUGAGACACCACAUCGAGACGGCGGGCCACCACUUGCAGCUGAUUCACGACGUCACCGUGGACACGACGACUUGCAGCGGCUAUUUGUCGAAGAUGAGCAAAAAGUUCCAUCACUGGAACAAACGAUGGUUCGUCUUCGACAGGAAACGCAAAACGCUGACCUACUACGGCGACAGCAAUUCGAGGAAACCCAGGGGUGUUAUAUACUUUCAGUCGAUCGAGGACGUCUACGUGGACCACUUGAACACAGUGAAAUCGCCUCAACCGAGCCUGACGUUCAUAGUUAAGACGACAACGAGACUGUACCACCUAAUGGCUCCCAGUCCGGAAGCCAUGCGAGUCUGGGUGGACGUGGUGUUCACAGGCGCCGAAGGCUACCACGAAUUCGAUCCCAAUGCGUGAUCAAGUUCAAGCUCACGCUACCAUUGUAAAUUAUCAUCCAUCCGAUAGCUUUCAUGCUACGAAAAACGCGCACAAGCUCUGUAAGUGAGCAAAACAAAAGCAACAAGUUUCACUAACAAACUUGCAGUUCUUUGUAUUAUGUCUCUCCCUUGCAGAGGGAAAUUUGCUCGGCUGAACGAAACAAAAGUGUAAUGCGAAGACAAGGUGCCACUGCUUUUUUAAAAUAAUUUUUAUGUUUUAUCUCAUCAAGUCGGAGGGCAUUAAGGCGAUAAAAUGUCAUUGGCUACAUCUCGAUAAAGUAGUCUUACAGCUCUUGAUCUAGUCUUCCAGAACAGAAUGAAAAGUUGCCAAACUCUUGGAAUGAUACUUAUACGUUAAAAUUAUACAUGUCAUUUUACGUGUCGUUUGAUAGACUUGAUGAAAAAUUGUACAUAGAAUAAUACGGAUUAGCGUGAUUGUUGUUUGAUGAAGUGGAAGAACUGAGACUGAUUAACUGGGGGGGUCGAUAAUAUUAUUACUACUAUACAUACUAAUCAUUUACAUUUUUUUUUUUUUCAUUUUGUGAAAGUGGGUGCGUAAAUACAAGUGCCAGACAAUACACCAAAGUGCAUUUACUGUAGGUAGACAUUUUGUUACCUCUUAAGAAUUAAAUGAAUGGAUUUUGAUUGCGUUGAAUUCUCAAAAUCACAUUUUAGAUCUAAAAUGUUUAACUCUUCAUAAGUUACAAAACGAAUAACGGCCUAGUAUCAAUUAACAUUGUUAUAUUAAGAAUCUUGCCUCUUUCGCUAGAAAAAGAUAUCAAGAAAACAAGACGGUUGAAACUAAAAAUUGUUAAUCUUACGUUGCGAAUGACCUUGGAAGACUUAUUGGUUUUUCAGGCGUAUUUUAACUGCUAUGACUUGGUUCGUACCAAACAAAAAAAGUAUCUUUCAAAUAAACGUAUUAAUAUGCAUGAA